GACGUUUGCCAAAUUAAAUGUUCCAUGAACGACAAAUUGCGCGUCUGAGAGGCCGGAUGAGAAGGCGUCGCCCGGGCCAGGCCCCGCUUCGACACGUACGGCGUACGGCGAAUUCGGCGCAGAGCUGCCUUCGAGUUGAAUUCUUAUCAUUAUCAGUUCUCACAGACUCGGUGGCUUUGUUAGAGAUCGAACGAGAUAUAGAUCGGCAUUUGGUUAUACAUCCUUUUGUCUAAUUUCCUGAUGUAAAAGCCCGAUAUUGAGCUACACUAAUAACAUAUAUUGAAUGGACAAUAAUAUAAUCAGGAUCUAUAUAUAUAUAUUAAAAAUGACCAUGAACUUUAAUUUUCUGAAGAGAAUCUUAGGAUGGGCGGAUGAAGGUUAUAAGAAACGGAAAGCUUCCGAGGACCGCAACUUUGAAGGAGAAUAUAUAACACCCAAGAAAUUUAAAUCCAAUUGUAACAUGGCACAUACAAGGGAGCCGCGUUAUUUAACCGUUGAUGAUAGCGACGAUGACGAUAUCACGUUUCUCGGCGAGCAGAAAUGCUCGCCGAUAAAAUCGUGCGCACAGUUGAACGGUACUCAUAAAAAACAGCCGCAACAUUACGAUAUACGCGAAGUUAUGUAUUCCAGUUGUAAGUCUACCUGUUCUCCUCUGCAUCACAGUAAAUCGCCUCAGGAGUUUAUUUGCCAUUCCAAACACAGGAUGCCGGACACCUGUCACAAGUCUGGGACAUUAUCCAAAACUAAUCAACUGAAGGAGAAAUAUCAGUAUGAAGAAAUGUUGCAAAAACUGCUUCCAGAAAAUAAAGUACGGGUAUUCGAUAAACGUACGGAAUACACACCAAGGCGUAAAUCCAUAGAAGUAAUUGACUCAGAAAAGCAGUCGGAAAUACUAAUACGCAACAACAAGAGUCAUUCAUCUGUCGCUGAUAUACCUAAGACGAUGACACCGUCAUACCAUAGAAGCAGCAUGUCAAACUGUACUAGAAUAGACAAAGAAAUAGUUCCUACUUCAAACUAUAGGAUUGACAAGGACGUCAUGGUAUAUCUGCAGUCCAAUAAAAUAAUUCCAAUUGAUAAACCCAGUACCAGUGGUGCAGUGAGACGUGCUCCUGCGUCAAAGUUGCCUAUUAAGGUUGCCGCGGCUAAUUUGUUGCGCGACGAGCUGGCCGCGAAAGCUGUCAUAAUGCAAGAUUUCAUCCCGCAAGUUAAUAAGAAGGACGACGAGCGUAUUAAACAACGGAACCGAGAGGCCGAAGAACUGAAGAAGAUGACAUGCGUCCUGUCGAAGCUCAACAGAUACGUGCGAAAUGCAGCCCUGGAAGAACAGCUGGCGCGUUCUAUGAAAUUCUGCAUGACCGUUCUAGAAGACCGGAAAGAGCCAGAGGAACAGUGAGAUUGACAAGGAGGUCAUGGCAUAUCUGCAGUCCAAUAAAAUAAUUCCAAUUGAUAAACCCAGUAUCAGUAGUGCAGUAAGACGUGCUCUUGCGUCAAAAUUGCUUAUUAAGGUUGCCGCGACUACAUUCAAACAUUUAGAUAUAAGUAAACGUUGAAAAUUUGUUUAAAAAAAAAAAACAUUCUUUUAUCUAGCAUAUAAUCCUUUAAGGUACAAUUGAAUAUUUCAUUUUUAUUUCCGAGACAAUGCGCAGAGAUCCGAUGAAUAAUACCAGUUUUGCGAAUAUACCUACAGUUUCAGCACGGGCCUGUAACAAUGUGUUCUUCCGUUCGAAAGAACCAGCAAUUUGUUGAUAUAAUCGAAACAAUUAUUUCCCUGCUACCGCUGCUGUCGAAGAACAAAAGCGCCGACGGCUUGGUACGGUCCGCGAUCUAAAGUUAAUUUCGUAGGGAACCCCUUAACUAUGCAGUUCCACGGCAGUGGGACAAUUUAGGGACGGAAAUCGUCGAUUACCACGGAAGGAUUAGUGGGUACGUCCCCAGGCCAAAUUUCCCCUACGCGCGUUUCGCUAUAUCUUACCGCAGAAUCCGCGCAAUAUGGCCGUAGGUGGAUUUCGGAAAUUUAUUGUCGCCGGCAAAGCGGAUUUAUCUAUAACUCUGAUUACAUUCGCGGUUUAUGGCGAUCCGUACGGCUUCAUGUGUGUCACAAUUGCAUUACCAAUAUUGUUUAUACAAAUAA